AUGGGUGCCGCCUGCGCUCAGCUCCUGUUGGCCGCCACCCUCUGGAUGAUGCCUCACAUGGGAGCCGCCGCCGCCGCCGCCGCCGUGCUGUCGAGCUCCGGGGAGCUGCUCAACACGACCAGAGCUGGCGCUGGGACACAGUCUGACAUCAGGAUGCUCACUGGAACUGCCGGUGUAUCUCGCAGCAGACGCACGCGAGCCAUUUCAUCCAGCGAGAUAAACGCCCUGCUGGAUUACCACAACCGAGUCCGCGCUCAAGUCUCCCCCCCCGCAGCUAAUAUGGAGUACAUGCUCUGGGAUGAGGGAUUGGCUAAAACAGCUUACUCCUGGGCUUCACUAUGCAUUUGGGAUCAUGGCCCGACGCGGGCCAUGAAAUAUAUGGGCCAAAACCUGUCAAUCACUACAGGAAGGUACCAGUCUAUCACUGAUCUGAUCGGGUCCUGGUAUGACGAGAGGCACCAUUUCUCCUACCCGAACAGAUGCAGUGGAUCCGUGUGCUCUCACUAUACUCAGAUGGUGUGGGCGAGCACCAACAGACUGGGAUGUGCUGUCAGGAAGUGCUCCAACAUGUACGUGUUUGGGAGCACCUGGAGGGAGGCGACGCUGCUGGUCUGCAACUACUCCAUAAAAGGAAACUGGGUGGGAGAAGCUCCCUACCAGACUGGGAGGCCUUGUUCCAUCUGCCCGGCCAGCUACGGCGGCUCCUGCUGGAGAAACCAGUGCUCACCGAACACGAAAACCGGGAGGCUUUCAAGUUAAUAACGCCACAGAGGGUUUUACAUUUGUUUUAAUGGAAG